AUGCAUUAUCAUCAAGCAUUUUCCGAUCUGUACCAUCCCCCUGAGAAAGAAAGACAUUCCGCAGAAGAUUGCUCGCCACCGAAUCAUAAACAGGAUUUUCCCAUUUUCUCUCUCUCUCUUCCUCUCUUUCAAUACGCCGUGCCUAUACAACUCUGAUUCAUACGUGCCAACACUGUCUACUCAAUUGUUGCUAUGCCAAGCUGCUAAUCGCUGCCUUCUUUUUGUUUUUAAUUCAAACAUUUGCUUUUUUGUCACUGAAAAGCUCUCCCGCUGAAUGAAUACAGCGGAUUUGCAUUGGAAUAUGUUCUUAUCACAUGAGUCCUUCUUCCAUUCACUCUUAUCCGGAUGGUGAUUAUUUAGCUAAUCGGUCGGAUCUUUCCACUCGAAGAAAUUGCCAUCCCCGUAUGCUUAUCAAUAGCGAUCGUUCUGAUCGCCUUCAUUACCCUGUAUUGCUCCAAAAGGAAGAAAGCACUGUCGGAGCCUCAGGACUUGUAUACCGUCCAGCGUAAAGUGUUCAAUCAUCACAGCUACGAGAUUGACUCAGACUCGGAUAACGAUAGUAUGUUCCAAAGCCGUGAUGGGUCUCCAACAGGUAGCCGAUCCAGCUCGGGAAGACCUAGUCCAACUCGGCCCCUCCCUCUACCGCGUCAAUCAACUGUCCCGCUCUUGCCGCAGAAGCUCCGCCAGGAAGCAUUCCGAAAGCAACGUCAGCUCUCCUUACAGCUUAACCUGACGAACGUCGAGUUCAGCGUCAAGAACAUCAAUUCCACCCGCAAAGACCAAACAGAUCUGAUAGGUACAUUACGUCCAGAGCUUUACCGACAAGAAUCCAAAGACAAGGGGAAGCCUAACGGUGAAAGCAGACCAAACUGUGGCAGAUUGGUUUUCAGCCUUUUCUACGACUACGCAACGGAGACACUGAACGUUCACAUAGAGCGAGCUGUCGGCCUUCCGGCCAAAGACUUCUCAGGAACGUCAGAUCCCUACGUGAAGAUUUAUCUAUGCCCCGACCGGAAGCGGAAGUACCAGACCAAAGUUCAUCGGAAAAAUUGUGAUCCCGUUUUCGAUGAGAGAUUUGCCUUUCAAAUACCUUACAACGAGCUGGAGACCAAAACUUUGAAAUUCACCGUCUAUGAUUUCGACCGGUUUUCCAGGCAUGACCUUAUAGGAGAAGUUAAUAUCACCAGUCUUCUUACAGAUAGAGAUCUGAGUAAAGAAACACAAUACGUGGAGGACAUAAUGAAAGGAACGUCGCAAGAAAAGGCGGAUUUAGGCGAGGUGAUGUUUUCUCUCAACUACCUGCCUACAGCGUGUCGACUAACUCUCACUGUCAUCAAAGCCCGUAACCUUAAGGCGAUGGAUAUUACCGGUGCCUCAGAUCCUUAUGUAAAAGUGUCACUAAUGUCGCAAGGGAAGCGGAUCAAGAAAAAGAAAACGACGGUGAAAAAGAACACUCUUAACCCCGUAUACAACGAGGCAAUGGUCUUCGACGUCGCACCAGACAGCAUGGAAAAUAUUUGCCUCAUCAUCGCCGUCGUCGAUUACGAUUGGGUUGGCCACAGUGAACUGAUCGGAGUCUGUGAAGUAGGUCCAAACGCACCGGCGCAGGGUGCGGCGCACUGGGCAGACAUGCUGACGAACCCACGUAAACCCAUCGCACAGUGGUAUCAACUGCAAGAAUCGACGCCCGCCCUCUCCGUUGCGUCUUUGUCAGCCGGACUCAAGAACUGUAUGGGAUCAUCCACCCAGAAAUCCUUUGACCAGGAGUGAAUAUGUAGCAGGCUUAUUGGCCCACAUGACUUAGACGAAUUUCGGAGUGUUACCAAGAUGACUUCUCUAUUGGACAUUAAAUCAGCUCACCGUUUGUGUCAUGGCUGUUGUCUUAGGUUACAGCACGACUAGACACGUUUUGAACAGCGUGGAUAGUAGAAGAUUAUUCGUCACUUAAACUAGCAGCUCGUAAGCGGGCGCUCUUCGUCUUUAUCACCCCAGGUUCACUGCAGCUGCAAUAGUUGAGCGGUAAAGGAGUUCCUCAUUAGGACGUGAAAUAUCUGCAAAUCCGGCAUCCGUUAUGGAAAUAAUGUUCUUUCUGAGAAAAACAAUUGUGUUUUCGCUGAAAAUGAUUCUAUGAGAGUUUGUAUUCAUACUCCCAACCCAUGCAAACAUUAGAGUGGUAGGUCAUUGUUUCGUCUGUUAUAUGCUUACCCUCCCACAGACUUUGAGAUACAAACAUUUCAAUGUCAUUAUCAAUUUAUUCUUUAAACAAUUUAUUUACACAUUCCAUCGCUAUUCAAUCGGCAUAUCAUUCAUUAGGACAAGUUUAGUGAUACAUUGCUCAAAAGCAGCGUAUCAGAAGGUCAACAGGACAAAAUUGAAUAAAUUUAAUAAUUCGUCAACUUUGUUAAGGGGAGUUGAUAUGAAACAUUUCAAACACUAAUACAAUUAUGUUGUAUGACUUGCAUUGUUGAAGGGAAGUGUUAUGAUGAUGUUGGAGUACGUGUAAGUGGUCUUUUGAAAAUAAUAGAAAUAGAUCGCAUUGAAAUAAUUUUAAUACAAUUUUUUACUUUGUUAUAAAACUUAAUACUUCGCGUUAGACGUGUUAGAAAUGCAUUCUAGUGUUGAUGUAAAUAUUUUUUACGACAAACAAGUUAGUCCAUCGGCUUGAACGAUAAUUUCAAGACUAUCUCUCUCUCUCUCCCUCUCUUUUCUGUUACUUCCUGCAUCUCUGUAUGUCUCACUGUCGUUCUCUUUUUCUCUCACGAACACAUUCAUUAUCUCUCUCUCUCUCUCUCUUUGUCCCGCAUUGUCUCUCCCUCUUCGCUAACGUAUUUAUGAUAUACAUGUACAUACAACCAUUACAUAAUGCCAAGUGCACAAUUCAUUUCUUAAAGGUGAUUACUUCAAAUGAAAUUGAGCACUCGAGCUUUUCGGCCAUAAUGAUAUCGUAAGCUUUUUAUACUUCAAUUGAAUAUUGUCUUAAAUGGACUUUGUUAAAUACUUUUUUUACUGAUGGAUAUUGAAUUGUGAUUUUGUAUGAACGUAACAUGAUGACAGUUUUUUUAAAUGUAUGCACGCUUUUUGAUAGCUGUGCACUGUAAAUAGAUACAAAUAUUUAACUUUUUAUUGAUAUUUGAUGGUGCUUUGGCGUCUUUUGUGAAUAUCGUGUGAAAAUAAGUUGAUCAAUUUUUUGCAAUUCGCUGCUCAACAGAAAAUAUUUAUUGAUAUACAUUAUUCUUUACCGUGUCUACAUUUAAAGUAAAAAGGUAAUUAUUUUUUUACUACCCAAUCACUGUUUAGAUUCAAAUAUAUAAUUAUCAAUUUAAGCAUGGUUGUUUAAGAUUUUAAACACGUGUUUAAGCUGUUUAAACAACUACUGUGCGAUGCACAUAGUAAACAACGUUUUUUAAUUAUUUUUUAAAGGUGUAUAUCAUACUUUAAACAUCCAAAGACUUGAAUCAAAAGUUUGAAUUAGAGAUGCAUUCUUUAUUAUGAGGUAGGCACAUUUUGUCACUCUCUUGUGAUAUUUCAAUUAGUCAUUUUGUGGCGAAGCACGAUA